CACAAAUACAGACACGAAGAAAGGAUGGGGGGUCGUUCUAUCAAACACCAUUAAGCUCACAAGCACAAAGCUCCUAAUCAUGAGAACGACCCCCAAAGUCACAAGGCUCAAAAGGGUUGACUAGGGGAUAAAAUAUUUUGGGACAAUCAAUAUUUGGGCAUGAACUAAUCAUAUGCCUCCAUCAUACACACUAGUGAAAACUGAGAUGUUACUCGCCAUGGUAAGAGGGAUCUAAGCACUCAAGAAGAAAACGAUCGGCUCAAAACUCACAUGGCUACCUAGUCACCCAAUCAUACAUUCCACUUUCACAAAACACAAUAGAUGGCAAUUGUAAUCAACAAGUAAUCGAGUCAAGACAUCCAUUCAUUUUUGCACACACGAGAACUAAAAUUUUGCACUAUCCUAAUGCACCUCUCAGUCAUCAUCAUAUGACACACUCGAUCACAUGCAACAAUUCAAGGUCAAUGCAAAUAAACAGGAGAUUCUCCUACAAACUGGCCACUUUGAUCAUGGAAACUUUGCUUGGAGCCCUCAAAAUUUUAAAUUUUGGGCAUACAUCUAGGCUCCAAGCAUCAAUCAUACUCACAAAAGCAUAAGAAUAAACUACUCCCCCCACACACUUAAGUUCGUGAUUCGGGCCCAAAUGUACAAAUUUUACACCUCAUUUCUUAUUCAUUUAGCUUAGUAGAUCAUCGUUCCUCGACAUAUUUCAUGCUAGGUUGUGCUUAUUUUGAUACAUUUCAGGUCCUAGCACAUGUGGAAGGGUCGAGGUUGAAUUUUGGGAUAAUUGGAGGUCAAAAAGCGCAAAAACCGAAGAAAAGUCCGAAGUGACCGUGACAAUUGCCCCAUAACAGUGAAGUGCAGGCGUCCAGGAAGCAUCCGCAGUUCACGGUCAAACAAGGGAGUUCACGGUCUCCUAAGACCAUGAACAGGAGCUACAAACCGUGAACAUCGAGUAGUCCAGCGAGGUUUCAGAGGUUACUGACGCCAAGAGAGUUCAUGGUCGCUAAGACCGUGAACUGGGGAUAAUGACCGUGAAUAAUAGAAGCGAAGCGGUGCAUUUUGGAGACGACACUGAAUUCACGGACGCGUUUAGGUGUUCACGGCUGUGAACUGGACAACACGUUCGUGAACUGGACACUUUCAGGCAAAUAUGAAGACAAAAGUGGGGAGAGAUAAGGAGGAACUGGUUUUUGGAGAAGGAACACUUUCUUUCUCUAGGGUUUUCAACCAGAAUCACCAAAGGGGAGUUCUAGUGAGAGAGGGAGUGAUCUUGGAGCUUAAUUGAAGGCAUUGAUCAAGCUUGAAAGUUAGGAAUCAAGCCUAGAAGAAGAAGAUCUGGAGGUUUCUUUGUAAUCUCCUCUCUCUCUCUCUCUCUCUCUCUCUCUCUCUCUCUCUCUCAAGAAACUCACUCUUUUCUCUUGGGUGUUUUAGAUCGCUAACUAAUGCAUUGUAGUUACUUGUUCAGAUUGAAUGAUUGUUUAUGGGUGUUGUUUAAUUCAAUGAUUGAGGUAUUAUUCAUGUUGAUUAUGCAUGUUUGUGCUUACUAACCUAAUCAUUGUGCAUAUGUGUGCUUAGAAAUCUAAGGAUUGUGCAUGUUUGUGCUUAGCAAUCUAAAGGUUGUGCAUGUUGGUGCUUAGCAAUCUAAUUAGCCACUUAACCUAGAUUCGAGAGGAAAACCCCCCUUCCAAGGGAGACUCAAUUAGUUGGUAUUCCUAGGGAUUUUUAAGUCUCCUAACUAGGUUAAUUUAGGGCAAACCUCAAUAUUGGAUUAAGAAAUUUGGUUAAGCGCGAUUAAACUGUCCAACCAUCAGGUUGAAGUAGGGAGUAAGUCAACCAUCGAUUGCCUAAACCGAGAGGUCCGAGUGACAGCCUAAUCUGUAUUCCUCGGUUUAGCAAUCAUGAGUGUGGUCUACGACCAUAUUUGCAUCCCCUAGCGGUUCGCGAUCACCUUGCCCAUAGCAAUCAUUUCGGUUCACAUACCAUGGUAGUAGUUAUGGGGAAGCAACUCCUGGGUGAAGCUCCCUUAGUUAGAAUUUUCCUUUAUUGCUUGUUUAGUUUGUAGUUUUCUUAGUUUGAAAACCCAAAACCGUUUUGCUAGAUAACAACUUAAGCGAUUGAAGUAGGGGUACAUGGACCGACCCGGGUUGACUAUUUAAAUGCUUGCCCUAUACUGCACCCGACUAGAGUUUAAAAACUAGGUCUCUAGUUAGGAUUAAUUUGUGGUAUAGUUUCGUGCGAGUCAAGUUUUUGGCGCCGUUGCCGGGGAACCGUGGUCCAUUAUUUUCAAAAGGUCGCUUAGUGUUACUCUAGCAUUUUCUAUCUUGCCUUUUUGUUUCUGUUUUAUGUUUCGUGUUGUGUUUUGUUUACCCACUCUUCGUCUUGAAGGGUGGUUUGUGUUUGUUUGAUUUUGCUUUUGUGUUUUUGUUUGUGUAGGUUAUGAAUCAUGGAUCCCAAUGGCUUCUACAGUAGGUGGGGGUACCCUGGAGCUUCAUGGAGUGAACAAGAAGGGGGGAAGCCAAGGAUCCGGGUUCUAUUACCAACCCCUCUUCCAAGAAGAACAACCAUACCAUUCCGGGGUAUGAAGAGGCUUCCCCAUAUUAAGAAGAUUUCCCUCCACAACCCGAGGAUAAAUCCAAGUUGGAGUUGUCCAUGGAAGCCUUCAUGGGACAAUCUUCAAGAACACGUGCCACUCCACAACUGGAGCCAAAGAGAAACUGGGAGCUCAUGGUGGAGAAAUUUUCCCGGGUACCGACGAGGGAUGCUCCAAUUUGGACCUUCCCAUCACCGGCCCUAUUGACUUAACCUUUCUUCGGGAAUAGGAGGAACUCCUUCGACGCGCUAAGAGGCAAGAAGAUCUUGUUGAGCAAGCAUGUGCACAACUUGCUCACAAUCGCCUCCCGCCUUUUGAAGAAGAGAAAGAGGAGGUCGAAGAGGCAAGCCUUGAGACCUUUGGAAGAAUGAGCUCCGACAUGGAUUUCCAACCCCUCUCUCCUCCGAGUUUGACACUAGAAGAGAAAGUGGCACGAGCUUGUGAGACCUAUCUCCUCUCAUUAUAGGAGGAGAAAGAGGAGGUUGAAGGGGCGCUCAAUGACACCCAUGUGGAGCUAGAGGAACUCACCCCGGAGAGCUCUUAUGGUGAGGAUGAACAAGAAGGUUCCAUUGACGAAUCCCAUCAUCUUCCCCUUUCCAAAAGAAACUUUGAAGACCAAGACACGAGUGCGGAGGAGCAAGAGAAUCCCUUAAACCCUUCUUGAAGACAUGAAUGGGAAGGAGGAAGAAGUGGUUGAAGAGGAGAAAGUGAGCAUUGAAGAGGAGGAAGAUCUUGGGUGUUCCCAUUGGGAGGAAUCAAAUUUUGAAGAAGGAAGGGAGGUUGAAGAUAAAGAAGAAGGUGCAAGUGAGGUCCAAGAUGAAGACAAGGUCAUGGUGGAUGAAGCUUCAACAAGUUACAAAUGCGACCAAAGCUUUCCACCCAACCUUGAUGCACUUUUUGAGAAGGACCCAUUUGCGGCUCUUUGCCUUCCCAAGGCCAAACCAUCGACGAUCCUUCUUGGUGGAUACGAUGGUGGUAAAUCGAUGAUGCACUACAUGGUAUGGGGCAAAGAGAAGAAGUAAGAAGGAAAGAAGAAGAGGUCUCGUGGGUGGAGCCUCAACGCCACUCAAGUUCACGAGCCCUCAAUCAUGGACUCGUCCAAUGCUCGUGACUUGAGACAUCACCUCACCGACGAGAUCCUCAACUUUAAGGAGGUUCUUGGGUGGACCAAAACUUGAGGAGAAUCCGUCCGGCUCAUGACGUUAAAGAAGCGCUUGGUGGGAGGCAACCCAACCAUUCCAUCGGUUUGUUUUCUUUUCGCUUCAAUAAGACGACCAUUUGAAGAGAUUUUGGUGGUGUUUUGGAUGUGGCCACCCUCUUGCGGAUCUCAACCACCUUCGCUGCCGAGCACAAACAUUAACAACUUGACCGGUAACAUCGUUCUAUCCCCUUCUUUUAUGCCAUUGAGGGCAAUGUCGAGCUUAAGUGUGUGUGUGUAGGUGGGGUGGGGUAGUCCACUACGCAUGUGUGUGUGAAUGUUUGGUGUAAUUUGGAAUGCUUGGAGCCUAGUUGUAUGCCCAAAUUUUUAAAAUUUGAGGGCUCCAAGCAUAACAACUUCCACAUUUAAUUGAUCAUAGUGGCACCUUGUGGUGAUUUGUUUUGAAUCUCGUGGUUAUUAGCAUUGUCUAUGGAUGAUUUGCUUGUGAUUAUGGGCAACCUAUGAUAACGACUGAGACUUGUAUUAGGUUUAUGCAUAGGUUCAUUUCUCAUAUGUUUGUGAACCGAUAGAUGUUUUAAUCGAUUACUUGCUUUUCACUAUUACCUUUGCAUCGAGUUUCGGGAGUGAGAACGAAUGAUUGAGCGCCUAGGUAGCCAUGCGAGAUUUGUGCCGUUCGAUUCGUUCUUUUGUGGUAGAUCCCCCUUUACAUGAUGCGUAGCAUUCACGUUGUUGCUAGCGAGGAAGAUGGAGGGAUAGGUUUAGUCCACGAUCCAAAUGUUGACCGACCUGAUCAUAUCAUCCCUUAGUCAACCCCUUUGAGCCGUGUGUGUAAGGGUCGUUCUCAUGUUAGGUAGCUCAUGCUACUUGAGCUUUAUUGAUUUAGAUAGAACGGCCCUACUUUCUUCGUGUCUACACCAUUAUCGAGUCACCCUUGUGUUUGGAAGCUCCAUUCAUACCAUUUGAGCUUAAACAAGGUUCCACAUGAGUGAUUUGUGUAUGGUCUUGCUAAUAAGUGAAGUGAGUGUGGAGGUAGUAGUUUCAAAGUGAGCAUUAUUCCUUAAGUUAAAAAAUGUGGCAUGUGUAUAUAGCUCUCUAUAGACCCCAAAGAAAAGGGAAAAGAAAAGCAAAAAGAAAAAAAAAGAGAUCAAUAAGUGGGCAAAGAAGAAAAGAGAGUGCCCACCAAAAAUAUAAUAAAUGUUGAACAUGCUCUUAGAAGUGCUGCUUAGCAUGCAAGCUAUAGGAACACUUACAUGUUGUUGACCUCUACACUCUUGUGCUUAAAAUUGAAUAGCAAAUGUAGCAAGAAAGUGUGCGUGAUAUGGUUUGGUGAUUGGUUGUGGUUUGGAAUAGUGGGAAGUGCGGUUUUUGGCCGAUGUUAGUGGCCGUUGUUCGUAGGGAAGGUUCUAGACGAAACCAUAGAACCUUGUGUCUUAGGUUGAAGAUGUGGAACCUCAUGUUUUGUUUGCCACCACCCAAAAAGCUUUUCCCCCAUGUCCUAGACCCUAGCCAGUCAUUUGAACCUGCGUCUAAGAACUCCGGACAAGCUAGCAAUGACACCAUCUUGUGAACUCUUACAUUUAGAGGUUACCGUCAUGAUAAAGGGAUGUUAGGAUU